AUGCCGACCCAGCGUUCACUGGCGACUGAUCGCAUCAUUGCUAGCCAGCAAGCACUCCUUGCUGCCCUAGACAAGAUAAUCUCUGCCUACCAUCGCGACGAGAUAAUGGAGAACAUCUCUUGGCUCUUUGUACAGAUGAUUUCUCCCGCCGUAGAUGCGUCGAUCUGGUCGCGGCUACCACGAGAAACCGCGACGAAGCCUGACGACGAUCCAGCAACAGCCGUAGCACUGCAGGUCGCAUUCUGCUCGUCGGAAGUGGAGGCCGCGUACCGCUUUCUCGUCACUUCACUCUACACCGCGCAAAACUUUCCACUUAAGGUGCGGCAAGAGAUCGACACGCGGCUCGGCGAAAUCCGCAAUGCAGCAGUGAGCAAGAUCAACGCCGUUGAAUGGCUAAUGCCCCGGUGGAAGAGACGCGCGCAAGCGAAGUUGAAUGCGACUAGGACAUUUAUGUGGCCCUCCGAACAGUUACUGAGCAACACGGCGCUGUCCAUUAUGUACGAAACAUUUCCCGCUAACGACAUAAACUUCAUUGCGCUUUGGCUGCGCGUGCGCCGGUCUGUUCAGGAACUAUCCUUCGAAUACGAAGAGGCGUUACGCAUGCCGGCCAACUUGGCGCUGCCGCUGGCCGAUUACGAUUAUCUGCUCAACAGCGUUAGCGUCUCGGCGCAGACAUUGUCGCCCCCCGUAUACUACAAGCAUGGCACGCAUGCCAUGUUUUACGGAGGAUUGGGCUUCUUAUAUGCAAGCGAACUGGUGCGUGCUCUGGACGCCGAGGGAUCGCGCAUUGACGUGGAAGGUGACAUCGUUGGCGAAAUCUGGCUUUCACCUCUUUGGCGGCACGCUGUUGACGACGUUGCGGCGUGCUUAGGCUGGAAGUAG